UCCGGUUUUUCUCGUGAAGUGGCGCAGUUUAGGCGCACCGAAGUGGCAUAGCAUUGCAUUGUGACAUUGUGAACGCGAUCGCUCUCGCCCCUACUUUCUUUCGUCGGGGACAGAACAGAUACAGUUAGUGUGAGACACCGCCGGGGCGGAAGGAGUUUUCGGCCCGCAUCAGAUCCCUCGGUGCCGCCCGGCAGAGUAGAAAACAAUAUUGAAAAAUCCACCUAGCGAGAAGGCCAGCCAGCAUGAGCGCCGCCGCCAAGGAGGGAAGAAAGACAGAUGGCUCCUCCGAAAGGGGCAGCAGGUCUAGCACAACUGUAGUGAAAAUAAUUGGCGUGGACAAACUAUGCUUGCCCAGAGUCAAGGGCCCGACGACGCGCAUGAAGCUGCUGAACGAUGUCGCCGCUUCUGGCAAGCCGGAGAAACGUGGGAGCCUUGGCGGUGCUCGCAUUAAAAUUCUCAAUGAGGACGCUUUGUGCUCCCCGAAAGCCGACAAACGCAGCCCUCAAAAGACAGUCAGUCCCUCGGGCUCUGUGAAGAUAUUAAACGAGAAGCGCCUGGCUCCAUCCACUGCGACGGCUGUGGAGACGACAAAGAUCAAGACGUCCCCCACCAAACAGAAGAAGAAGAUGGAUCAUUAUGUGCUGCAGGCCGUCAAGGCCGAGAACAGCAAGGCAGACACCACAGCCAGUGUAUCGGAGGAGGACGAGAGCAUUGCUUUCAUCCUUGCCGAUGAAGAUGAGGCAGAACCAGUGGCGGGUCGAGCCAAUGGCGAAGAGAUUGUAGUUUCAAGUCCAGAAGAGGACAAUGAAGACGAUGACGAUGGUGAGGGCGAUGCCGCUGUUGAGCGCACCGGUGGCAGCCAAGGAGCCAUAAAGGAAAUGGUUGAACAUGUUUGCGGCAAGUGCUACAAGACAUUCCGCCGUGUGAAGAGCCUUAAGAAGCACUUGGAAUUCUGUCGCUAUGACAGUGGCUAUCAUUUGCGCAAGGCGGACAUGCUGAAGAACUUGGAGAAGAUUGAAAAGGAUGCUGUGGUGAUGGAGAAAAAGGACAUUUGCUUCUGCUGCAGCGAGAGCUACGACACCUUUCAUUUGGGCCACAUCAAUUGCCCCGAUUGUCCAAAGUCAUUCAAAACGCAGACCAGCUAUGAACGUCACAUCUUCAUCACGCACUCGGAAUUCAAUACUUAUCCCUGUUCCAUUUGCAAUGCAAAUUUGCGCAGCGCCGCAUUGCUGACGCUUCACGAGGAGCAGCACAAGUCACGUGGCAAGCCAUAUGCCUGUAAAAUCUGCGGCAAGGACUUUACACGCUCCUAUCACCUGAAGCGUCACCAGAAGUAUUCCUCUUGCUCUGCCAAUGAGAACGAUACCAUGAGCUGUAAGGUGUGCGAUCGUGUCUUCUAUCGCCUCGACAAUCUGCGCUCGCAUCUGAAGCAACAUUUGGGCACUCAAGUGGUGAAGAAACCAGAGUACAUGUGCCACACCUGCAAGAACUGCUUCUACAGCCUGUCAACGCUUAACAUACACAUACGCACCCACACUGGGGAGAAGCCAUUCGAUUGCGAUCUGUGUGACAAGAAGUUCUCGGCCUUGGUGGCUCUCAAGAAACAUCGACGCUACCACACCGGCGAGAAGCCCUACAGCUGCACAGUGUGCAAUCAAUCCUUUGCUGUGAAGGAGGUGCUCAAUCGCCACAUGAAGCGACACACCGGAGAGCGUCCGCACAAGUGCAACGAGUGUGGCAAGAGCUUCAUCCAGGCCACCCAGUUGCGCACCCAUUCCAAAACCCACAUACGUCCCUAUGCCUGCGAUUUGUGUGAUGAAAAAUUCAAGACAGAAAAGCAACUCGAGCGCCACGUUAAGGAGCACACGCGGCAGAAGCGCGCCUCUUUCGCUUGCACUGAUUGCAAGCGUACCUUCCGCACCACAGCUCUACUUAAGGAGCACAUGGAUGCCGGCGAUCAUUCGCCCAAACCACAACGAGCCAAGCGCUCAAUCACCAAGGUUAUCGAGCGCACAGACUGCGCCAUUUGUGACAAGAACUUCGACAGCACCGAGACCUUGCGCAAGCAUAUUCGCUGCGUUCACGAAUGCGAUCCGGAUGAUAUCUUUGGCGUCGAACCGCCAGCAGCAAAGCGCAGCAAGUCGAAAAAAUCUGCCGAAGAAGAGGAGGAUACUGAAAUCGUUGAUCUGAAUGCAUCGGCGGGUUCGCUGAUUUCCAGCCAAACCGAUGGCAAUGGAGUUGUGGUCAGGGAGUUUCUGGUCGACGAUGGCAGUGCCCAGACCAUCUUGCUGGAGAACGAGACAUACACAAUUCUGCCCCUGGAUGAUGGGGGCACCAGCAGCGACCAACAGGUGCCCACUAAAGGGGCGGACAGUGUCAAGCCGGAGGCCAACAAAAGCGAGACCAAGAAAGCUGCUGUUUCCCCGGUGGUCAAGAAGGAGCAGCGAAAAUCACUGGCGGCCAGCUUGGCCGCAGCCAUUGCCGAUAAUAUGGAGGAGCCGACCAGUGAGGAUGAUUUUAGCGGCAAUGUACUCACCGAAUGCGACCUGAAGCUCAAGGAGAAUGUUGCCAAAUUGAUUGACAUGCUGGUCGACCCACACGUCCUCAAGAAGUACGGCUGGCCCAACACCUCCGAGGAGACAAUGCUCUGCAAGGUGAUCGAGAACUGUGGCCAUGAUCUCAGCAAGGAUGAGGAGAACUACGCUGAGCUGGAAUACGGCGAUCGUAUGCGCGAAUAUUGCAAACUUCUCUUCACUGUGGUCAUUCACAAUGAGUCCAUACGGUCCCUGCUCAACAAUUUCCCCAUCGACGAUGUCAUCGAGUAUGUGCUAGGAGACGAGGACCAAGACGAUGAUGAGGAGGAGGAUGGCAAGAAGAAAGACACUGAUGCUGCAGUAGACAACAAGUCGGACACUGCAGAGACCCCAGCAGACGAUAAGGAUUAGACGUUAAAGUUACACUUUUGGUUUCGGUUUCGGUUUAAACACCAAGUGACCUUAGAAAUGAAUGCAUCCGGACCUGCCUGUUAAUUUGUUAGUGCGCACCCAAAACGAUUUAUACA